AUGCCGCACAGAGUUCGUAGAAGAGGUAGGAGAGGGAGAGGACGACCUCCCAUUUGGAGAGGGGGAAGAAGAGGACCCUAUGCGUUUGAACUACCUCCUAAAUACGUACCUCCCCCACAAGCUGAGCCACCUCCUGAAUACGUACCUCCCCCACAAGUUGAAUCACCUCCUGAAUACGUACCUCCCCCACAAGUUGUACCUCUUCCUGAAUACGUACCUCCCCCACAAGCUGAACCCCUUCCUGAAUACGUACCUCCCCCACAAGCUGUACCCCUUCCUGAAUACGUACCUCCCCCACAAGUUGUACCCGUUCCUGAAUACGUACCUCCCCCACAAGCUGUACCCCCUCCUGAAUACGCACCGCCCCCUCAAGCUGCACCACAGGCCGGGUUAGACCCCGCCACAAGAUUAAUGUUGGAGUCACUCCAAACGACAAUGCAAACAAUGCUGGCUACACAACAGGCCACGUUGUUAGUUACGCAAUAA